AUGCUAAUUAACAGGCUGGUUUUAAUAAUUAAGGCAGCUUCUUAAAGUAUAUUGUCAUUUUUUUUUUAGGUUCGAAUAAUCCCCUUGCAGCUACAACGCUUGUUUGCCCAACUUUUGCUCUUAGAUCAACAAGCUGCAUCCACAGCAGACCUCACUGAUAGCUUUGGAUGGAAGAGUAAUGAGGAAAUGAGACAACAUGAUGUUCAGGAGUUGAAUCGGAUUCUAUUCAGUGCUUUAGAAACCUCACUUGUGGGUACUUCUGGCCACAACCUAAUAAACCAGCUGUACCGUGGAACUGUUGUUAAUCAGGUUGUCUGUAAAGAGUGCAAGAAUGUCAGUGAGAGACAGGAAGAUUUCUUGGACCUAACAGUUGCUGUCAAAGGUGUAUCAGGCUUGGAGGAAGCCUUGUGGAACAUGUUUGUGGAAGAAGAACAUUUUGAGGGAGAGAACCUGUAUCGAUGUGGCACAUGUGAUAAAUUGGUUGAAGCCAGAAAGUCUGCUAAACUGCGCAAGUUGCCUCCAUUUCUCACGGUCUCCCUCUUGAGAUUUAACUUCGAUUAUGAGAAGUGUGAAAGAUACAAGGAAACAAGUCACUACACUUUUCCAAUCCGGAUAAACCUCCAGCCUUUUUGUGAGCAGACUCAGUUGGAUGACUUGGAAUAUAUGUAUGAGCUCUUUUCAGUUAUAAUACACAAAGGUGGCUGCUAUGGAGGACAUUAUCAUGUUUAUAUCAGAGAUAUAGAUGAACUCGGAAACUGGAAGGUGCAAGAGGAGGGCAUGACUGAAGAAGAAGAAAAGAACUUGAAAGACAAUGAGAAGGACAAUCCAUUUACAAUAUUGCAAAACAUCUUAUCAGAGGAAGAAUCUAAGGAACUUGCUGUGGAUCAGUUGGCACAGAAAUUUUUGGAGAAAAGGGGUGUGUCCUGGAAUAAGAGAUACCGUAAGCAAUAUGGACCAAUACGGAAGUAUUUGCAGAAUCAUUCCCAAGCAUUUCUUCUAAGUUCUGAUGAAAGCAAGGUUCAGCUGAAUAACCAAAGCCAUGAAUAUAAUUUUGGAUCCAUAUCAGGAAGCCACAUUCAGAAAGAUAAUGUGACCAUAUCAUUGGAACAAGUAUCAACAGGCUUAGAGGAAUAUUCUUCUGAAUCCCACUGGUUUGAUUUGAAUGACUCCAAAGUUCAGCCAACCAAAGAAAGAGACAUUGAAAAACAGUUUCAGGGUAAUGAAAGUGCCUACAUGUUGUUCUACCGACAAUCCCAAAUGACAAGACCUUCUGAAGCUCGAGGAAAUCCAAGAUAUCGAGUACCAAACCACCUUUUGAAUGAAAUGGAUGCUACUAAUAUCAAACUGCAGAAGAAGAGGGCAGAAUACGACUUGGCAAAAAAUACUAUUAAUUUGCAUCUCCAUAUACAUUCUCACUAUACUUUUUGCAACGGGGCUCUGCACCCAUUAGUUUCCCAGAAGGAAAAUAUUCUGUAUCUUUCCAUUGAUAAGAGAAAAACCCUAAGAAAUCUUCGACAAUCAGCAUUCCAGAUGUUGGAAUUUUGGGAAGGAGAUCUGGUUCUCAGCCUUGCAAAAUCUCUUCCAGCUGGACUGCAUAUAUACCAAGUACUUGAGGGUGAAGAGUCUACAUUGAGCAGCAUUGGACUUUUUGAUGGAGCUGAUAUAUUUGUGUGGAAUGGAAAGGAGGUUGAUGGAGCAGAAGUUCUGGUUGGCAUUGACCAUGAACCUGUUCUCAUAAAUGUUCUUCGGUUAGCUGGACACAAUGAAGGACAAAAAGGACAACAGUUUAUGGAAUCCCAGCAUGUGUUUCCAUGUAGUUCAAGCCUGGGAAUGGUUCGGGAAGCUUUAACAUCACCUGAAGGGAUCAUUUUAAAAAACCAUUCAGGGUCUAAUAAAGAAGCUGAGAACUGGGAAGUCAUUCCUGAAGAAGAUUUGAAAAAGACUCUGAAAAAUGUCGGCCUGAGCAAUGGAAGCUCAAUACUGGUUCUAGAUAGCCAUGACCAAAGCAUGGUGAAUGUGGCAGGCGGAAAUUUGACUGCUUUUACGCAUGAUAUCAGCUGGUUACAAGUAAAAAAUUUUUGUAGUUUGGAGACUGAAGAGAUGCAAGUUAAAAUUACUGCAACUAUUGAAACAGUGAUGGCAGAUAUCAGAAUUAAAGCAAUAGAGGAAAUGCAGUUAGAUAAAGAACUAGUGAAAAAUAGUUGCCUCAGGCCCAUUAGCAACAAUGGAAAACUUCUCUGUCCAGUGCCUGAGGAUUAUACUGUUAAAGAAGCAGAGCUGAAAAUGGGAAGCUUGCUAGGACUGUGCUUGGGAAAAGCUCCAACAGCCACUCAGCUUUUCUUGCAUUUUGUUGUGGGACCUGAUCUUCAGGCUAGUCCAGAGAUGGAGAUAGUGGUGGAAGAGACAACUACUGUAAAAGAGUGCCUAAACUUAAUGCUAGUGAAAUCUGGCUUGGCAGGGGACAACUGGCAUUUGAGAAAGAUGGACUGGUGCUAUGAAGCUGGGGAAGCAUUAAAUGAGGAAGAUGCCACACUGAAGGAACUUAAUAUCUGCAGUGGAGAAACAUUGAAUGUUGCUGAAGGGAAGCUUCCACCAAAGGGAUUCUUGAAAGUGCCUGUCUGGUGGUACCAGCCCUUCUCUCAGCUCAGGUGCAGAAGGAAUGUUCUAGAUCAAGGGGAUUGCAUUAUCAAAAAAGCAGGGGCUCUGGGACUCUCUGUAUCAGAAGAUCUGCCAACUUUUCUACAAAGUGAAGUUGAUCUAUGCUAUGUGGGUGAUAUAGAAAUCUCAGAAGAAGCUUUCCUGGAAGACCUGAAGAUGCAGGUGAUGACUUUGCCAUCCUUUCAAGAAUUUAGUAUUCCAGCACCAGAGUUUCUCCGAGUUUGGACAAUGGAAAAUAAACGACCAAGCAAACUUCUACGAAACAACAAGGAACAACUCUAUAAAUUCAAACUAGGAAGCAGAGUGGAAAUUUGUGUAGAACCUUUACAUAAGGAAGAUAAUCUUGGACUGAAGGAUAUGCUCCUGCGGGUGAUGAUGCACAUACCAGGGAAGAGAGAUUAUUACCACCCUGUGGAUUUGGUGUGGGAUAUUUCAAAAGCAUGUACAGCAUCUGCCUUGAGACAAAGAAUUGCUGAAUAUUUUUCCUUACCAUUGGAGAAAAUUGAAAUUGCUAAAUAUUCACCUGGGAAAUUUGAGUGGAUGCCAAUAUGUAGUUGGACACAGCAAAUUUCGAGGAAGAAAAAGAAGAAAAGUGACAGCUUACAACUGAGUCCCUACAGCCUAAGAGAUGGAGAUAUAAUUGGUGUGCAGAAUCUUCUGCUUGAUGAUAGUAAGGACUUCAGUACCAUAAAAGAUGACAUUGGAAAACAAAUGCAGAAGCAAUUUGCUGUGGAAAAAACAAGCCAGCAAACUGGGUGUACACAGAACAAUAGCGCCUAUGGAAAAAAGACGGCUAAGCAUCAUAGACCUGAAGCAGCACUGUCCAUCAGUGUAGGAGCUUUCAGCUGACUCACUGGGACUAAACAAACUUCUCUAGUGUUUUACUGAACUCUAAAACAGUGUUGCCUCAAUUGAACUAGCUGAAAAAUGGUCUUCCUAUUUUUACACGUGCACCUAUGUAUUAAUGACAAUUGGCAAUGCCUGAACAUAGCUGGGGCUUUAUUGUGGGGAAAUGCUUUUGUUCUGUUAAUUUCAGCACUUAUUCUCAGGGUGGGUCGCGACACUUUAUUAAUGAAAAUGCAUAUGAAUAUGAUUAUCAGCCAAUUGUUUUUAAUAGGUCUGUGUUUUCAUCUGAUUGUGUUAUAUCAUCACUACAAAGUUGUUUGCCUCCUUGAUUCAUCUGUAUGUUUUUUGUAUUAUAUUUUGAAGAUGGAAUUGUCCCUUGAAGAUGAUGCUUUAUAAGGUGCUCUAGUCCUCUGCAGCCAUUUUUUGAGAGCCAAGAGAUAGAUGACACAGGGUAUUUAGGUCCCACUCAUUCUUGAUUACCCUGCAAUUGAAUCAGCCUGUAUUCUCUCUCUGGCCUGUAUGCUGUAUGGUGGGUGAUGAGAUCAUGCCUUUUUGUUCCACUCACCCAAAUAUGUCUGUCCCAACAAAUAUGUACAGGUACAUGUACAGGUGCAGUCUUUGAAUACAGCUUGUAUGGAUAAGCUGGCACAGUGCUAUCUGGGAAUACAUUAGCCAAGGGAUGUUGGAUUUUAUGCAUGUACACCUUAUUCAAAUAUUGGGCAUUAAAGGUAUAAUAUGGAAUAUACUCUAUUACCAUUUCUCACAGAUAGGGAAAAGUAUCAUCUGAACCAUGUGUGAUUACAUUUGCCCUGCCAAAAUUCAGUAUAAUCCUACUUGAACAUCACUGGGCUGAACCCAGAGUAAAACAUCAGUGCUCAGAAUGGUGGAGGGCUCCAGCAGAGGCACUCAAUGUUCACUCAUUCCUCCUCCUCCCUGCAAGCCUCAGCAUGACCUGGGUGUUCUGGAUGGUCCUGCAGCCCUCUUAACUGGGUGGGGGGUUGCAAAGGAGCCUGUAAGGAAGUAGAGCAACAAGGGGAAAAUGCUUCCUACUUCUCCCUCUUUCAAAUUCAGCUUUAUAUAACUUAUUAUUAUGUAACAUUGAGAAAAGUGUUGUGUUUCCAAAAUGAACGAACAGAGAUGGAAAACUGGCAAACAGAAACGGUGAGCAGUUAAGAUCAGGAUUCCUACAGACUUAUGCAUAUCAUUUCUUAAGAUGCACCUAGCCUAUGUGUCUCAUGAGCCAAUGCAUCAUGCAUUUUGUUUAUGUAAUUGCAGAAAUACAACUGAAACAAAUAGUAGAAUUGCACCUAGGAUAAUAUUCCUUCUUAAUGUACUGAACAUUUGGCAUUCAAGCAAGAGCUAUUUUCUCAGUAUUCAUCCAUCUUGGUAUCUCAUUAAAAAAUGAUGGUCCAUGUCACAAAACUUGCUAGUUGAAGAAUCUGGAAGUAGUCCUCAAAUCCUAUCGUGGUUUUUUGUUUUGUUUGCUUGCUUUUGGUAUAAAGAAGUUAAUACAAGCCUUAGCAUUUAUAUAUACGAAGAGUAUGUGACUUUAAUCAAAUGUAAUAUGGCAAAUGGCAUCAGGAAUCCAAAAUCAAGUUGUUUGAGAGGCUGGCUUGAUUUCUUGUUACAAAAUUAUGAUGUAUUCUGUAACUGAACAUUUUGUUAAAACUGUCUUUAGAAUGGGACUUGCAGGGUCCCAUUGUUCUUGUAUUACAGUGCAAAUAAUUUUCUAUUUUUUUGUAAGUCUAAUCUUUCUCAUACUGGCAAAAAAGAAUAAAGUGUUUAAAUGUGUUGUUUUCUA